AUGCGUGAGAUUGUUCACCUCCAAACCGGACAGUGUGGUAACCAAAUCGGUGCCGCUUUCUGGCAAACUAUCUCCGGCGAGCACGGUCUCGAUGGCGAUGGACAGUACAAUGGCACCUCCGACCUCCAGCUCGAGCGUAUGAACGUCUACUUCAACCAUGCUAGUGGUGACAAGUACGUUCCCCGUGCCGUCCUCGUCGACUUGGAGCCCGGUACCAUGGACGCUGUCCGCUCCGGUCCCUUCGGCAAGCUUUUCCGCCCCGACAACUUCGUCUUCGGUCAAUCCGGUGCUGGUAACAACUGGGCUAAGGGUCACUACACCGAGGGUGCCGAGCUCGUCGACCAGGUCAUCGAUGUUGUCCGCCGCGAGGCUGAGGCUUGCGACUGCCUCCAGGGUUUCCAGAUCACCCACUCCCUCGGUGGUGGUACCGGUGCCGGUAUGGGUACACUCCUGAUCUCCAAGAUCCGCGAGGAGUUCCCCGACCGCAUGAUGGCCACUUUCUCCGUUGUUCCCUCCCCCAAGGUCUCCGACACCGUUGUCGAGCCCUACAACGCCACUCUCUCCGUUCACCAGCUGGUUGAGCACUCCGACGAGACCUUCUGUAUCGAUAACGAGGCUCUGUACGAUAUCUGCAUGCGUACCCUCAAGCUCUCCCAGCCCUCUUACGGUGACCUCAACCACCUGGUCUCCGCCGUCAUGUCCGGUGUGACCACCUCCCUCCGUUUCCCCGGUCAGCUCAACUCCGAUCUUCGCAAGCUUGCCGUCAACAUGGUUCCCUUCCCUCGUCUGCACUUCUUCAUGGUCGGAUUCGCUCCCCUCACCAGCCGCGGUGGCCACCAGUACCGCCAGGUCAGCGUUCCCGAGCUCACCCAGCAGAUGUUCGACCCCAAGAACAUGAUGGCUGCUUCUGACUUCCGUAACGGUCGUUACCUCACUUGCUCCGCUCUCUUCCGCGGUAAGGUCUCCAUGAAGGAGGUUGAGGACCAGAUGCGCAACGUCCAGAACAAGAACCAGAGCUACUUCGUCGAGUGGAUCCCCAACAACGUCCAGACCGCUCUUUGCUCCGUUCCCCCCGAGCUCUUCAAGCGUGUCGGUGACCAGUUCACUGCUAUGUUCCGUCGCAAGGCUUUCUUGCACUGGUACACUGGUGAGGGUAUGGACGAGAUGGAGUUCACUGAGGCUGAGAGCAACAUGAACGACCUUGUCUCCGAGUACCAGCAGUACCAGGAGGCCUCCGUCUCCGAGGGCGAGGAGGAGUACCUCGCUGAGGACAUUGUUGACGAGGAGGUUUAAGUAAAUCUUCUUUGAGAUUUGUUCAAAGUAAUACCCUUGUCCAGCCUACAUUCUCUACCAUUCGGACCGGCUUUUUGGGCUCAAGCCCUGAACC